CAUUCGCUCUGAGCCCCAUUUUAAAACUCCCCUGUUGUUGAAUGGUUACAGGCUUCCAUUUCAAACUUACACUCAUCUCUGCUCCCAGCACCCGGGGGGGCCCUAGCGCUGCUCUGACUUGGGUGCUGUGGGGUCACAGGUGGUGAGUCUAUCAUGGCUGAGCUUGGCCCUGUCACAAGUACUGGGUGAGCUCCAUCCUUGCGGAUCCUGAGAAGCUAAGGCGAGUGUCCUGACUUCCAGUCUGGUCAGACACGUGGUGGUAGUUGGUGUUAAGAUGAGUCUAAAGCUGGGUUAUCAUCAAAGGAAAGAAAACUGUUCUGGCACCUGGACUGGGAAUAAUGGGACUCCUUAAGGUGAUCCACACCACAGUUAGUACUGUCCCCUAGGGGGCAGUCUGGAGACUUGGAGGGCAUUUUCUGAUUGAGGCAAAACUUUGAAGGGAUGCUACUGGCGCUUAGCUGAUAUGGCCCGGACGCUAGGCAUUCUGGAAUGCUUGAGACACCCCUCGCCGCCAACCCAUGAAGAGUUCCCAAGAUACCUUUCUAAUGACCUGCUGGACGUCAUGUGUACGAAAAGCUUGCUUAUCUGAGCAUAGAACUAUUUUUAACAUGUAAACACGAAAUUGUUUUUCUACAUUUUGGAAAAGACUCCAAGUUUGCCAGGAAUGUACCUACGUGUAAAUUAAAACCGGACUUUGCUUUGUUCUGCCCUUGGCCAAGAGCUUGUUCAUUAUUUUGGAACAUCAGGUCACCAAUGGCAACACUGCUGGUGGUACAUGAGUCACCGGCAAAGCACCAGUGUCAGUGGACAUUGUAGCUCUCAGGUCCAUGGCGAUGAAACGGAGUAGGCAGUGGGCUACGGUGUCUUCUCUUUUAGUUGGGCCCAAGCUUUCACAGAUGAAGCAUUUUUUAUUAUCACUUACCUUUAUGUCUUCCUUCUGUUACAGUGAGAAAAUUAUAUGGAAUCGUGGUCACUUUUGCCAUGCAUGAUGUAGGGACAUUACUCAUGCAUUUCCUUCCCAGGUAGUCCUGGGGCCUUGACCCUGAAAGGGUUGAGAACUGGUGUAACCAUGAUCGUUUCAAAUGCUGGCGAUGAGGAGGGAACAGUAAAACCUCCCCAGGAUAUUUGAUAAGUCUCCUCCCCACCUCUCCUAUCCUACUUUCCAGGGCGUGGAACAGGGGAUCUAGAUGGGAGAUUCUUGGGGGGGGAGGGGUCCAGAACGUGGCUCCCCAGUUAAUGGGUGAUGGAAUUUGCACAAGAGCUGGGCAAAGGUGAAAGGGCCUGUCCUGCCCCAAAUCCCUCAUCCCUUCGCUCCGCUUCACUGACACCUCCACCCCCUCCCCACUCCAGGCAGCUAACUUCAUCCAAACUCUGACCUUACUCUCUCUACUUAACUCUAGCCCAGGGCAGCCAAGACAAGAAGAAAGGCAGGCAGCAUGAGCCGAUCACACCCCCAUCCCAUCCAACUCCAGUCCAUGGGCCCCCAGGAUGCCCUGGUCCCCUUGCCACAGCCACCACCACCGCCACCGCCACCACCGCAGCCUGCUGUCCAAAAACCCUCCUCUCACCCUUGGGCCUCUCACUGUGGGCCUCCUCCCUGGGGCCUCAGCUGUCUUCUGGCUCUGCAGCAUAUCUUGGUGCUGGCUUCUCUGCUCUGUGCCUCCCACUUGCUCCUGCUCCAAAGUCUCCCCCAAGGAGAGCUCUCAUACUCCCCUGCCCAGCUCUUGGCCUCCAGCCUCUUUUCGUGUGGUGUGUCUACCACCCUGCAAAUUUGGAUAGGGAGCAGGCUGCCUCUUGUCCAGGCUCCAUCCUUAGAGUUCCUUGUCCCUGCUCUGGUGCUGACCAGCCAGAAGCUACCUCUGGCCAUCCGGACACCUGGAAACUCCUCUCUCGUGCUGCGCCUGUGCGGGGGGCAGGGCUGCCAUGGUCUGGCGCUCCGGAACACUUCUCUCCGAGAGGUGUCCGGGGCUGUGGUGGUAUCCGGGGUGCUGCAGGGCACGCUGGGGCUGUUGGGGGGUCCUGGCCACUUGCUCUCCCACUGUGGGCCCCUGGUGCUGGCCCCCAGCCUGGUGGUGGCAGGGUUCUCUGCCCACAGGGAGGUGUCCCUUUUCUGCUCUACUCACUGGGGCCUGGCCUUGCUGCUUAUCGUGGUCAUGGUGGUCUGUUCUCAGCACCUGGGCUCCUGCCACUUACGACCGUGCCCCUGGAGGCCAGCUUCAACCUCCUCACCUGCCACUCACAUUCCUGUCUUCCGGCUCCUCUCGGUGCUGAAUCCGGUGGCCUGUGUGUGGAUCAUCUCUGCCCUUCUGCGUCUGAGCGUCAGCCCCCUGGAGCUGUCUGCCUCCCCCAAGGCACCGUGGGUUUGGCUGCCUCACCCAGCUGAGUGGGACUGGCCCUUGCUGACACCCAGGGCUGUGGCGGCAGGCAUCUCCAUGGCUUUGGCAGCCUCCACCAGCUCCCUGGGCUGCUAUGCCCUGUGUGGCCGGCUGCUGCAAUUGCCUUCCCCACCUCCACAUGCCUGCAAUCGAGGGCUGAGCCUGGAGGGUCUGGGCAGUGUGCUGGCCGGGCUAUUGGGGAGCCCUGUGGGCACUGCAUCCAGCUUCCCCAACGUGGGCACAGUGAGUCUUAUCCAGGCUGGAUCUCGGCGAGUGGCCCACCUGGUGGGGCUGUUCUGCGUGGGGCUUGGGCUCUCCCCCAGGCUGGCCCAGCUCCUCACCACCAUCCCACUGCCUGUGCUUGGUGGGGUGCUUGGGGUGACCCAGGCCGUGGUUCUGUCUACUGGAUUCUCCAGCUUCCACCUGGCUGACAUUGACUCUGGGCGGAACGUCUUCAUUGUUGGCUUCUCCAUCUUCAUGGCCCUGCUGCUGCCGAGAUGGCUUCGGGAAGCCCCGGUCCUGCUGAGCACAGGACUCUUGGGUUUCCUCUUAGAGAACACCAUUCCUGGCACGAGGCCUGAGCGAGGCCUAGGUCAAGGGCUGCCAUCCCCUUUCUCUGCCCAAGAGGCUCAGAUGCCUCAGAAGUCCAGGGAGAAGGCUGCUAAAGAAUACGGACUUCCUUUCCCCACCCAAAACUGGUGUCCCUGGAUCCCCCAGCCCCUCCGGUGCCUCUGCCCCCUGCCCGAAGACCCUAGCAAUGAGGAAGGAGGAACCUCUGAGCCAGGAGAGACAGCCGACUUGUUGCUUGGCUUUGGGGAGCAGUGUCCUGAGUCUAGCACAGAACUGAGGUCUCAGUGAUUACUGGGACUCCUACCCCGUCCCAGUUAGUUUAGCCAGAUCUCCCAGCUUGCCGUGAGAGUCAGCUUGCAGGCUCUCGUUUCUCCUAGGAAGAAGGGUGUGUGUGUGUGUGUGUGUGUGUGUGUUGUGUGUGUGAGAGAGAGAGAGAGAGAGAAAUGGGCCCACCUAAAGGUCUCACUUCCCAAUAGGUGUGUUGCCUUUCCUUCUCUUAAUUAGGCCUAACCGUUCUGGGCAGGGGCCAUGGUUUAGUGGGCCAUGACUGACUGACUGACUGACUGAAUGAAUGAGCUUUUGCAUGUGACCCAUCUAUAGUCGAACCCCAGAAUUCACUUAACAAAUAUUUAUUGAGGGCCUCCCAUGUGCAAGGUCUUGGAACUACAGAUAUGGGUAAGACAGGGUCCCUGCCUUCUUCAGGCACUUACCAUUGAAAAGGACUUAUGUACGGGCACCUUGGGUGGCUCAGUCGGAUAAGGGUCCAAUUCUUGACUUUGGCUUAGGCACCCGUGUAGG